GGAAGAGAAAGCACUCUUCUGUGAUUCUAGUAAUAUAAAAACGCCAAGUCGUUUCCUAAGGCCCACCCAAAACGCAGUGUGUGUUCCUCUUUCGUCUUCUUUACUUUGGUCGUGCACACUCACUCUCUGUCACCGCGCGGGGCUCAGAAGCUGAUUUUGGUUUUGAUUCAGAAAAAUCAGUAUCAGGAUCUUUCAUUUUGAAAAUGCCGUCCCUUCAAACUGCACUUCCACCUGAGCUCGCCAACAAUGCCAUUAGGCUUUACCGUGAAUGUCUGCGAAGAGCAAAAUUUAUUGGUCAUCGGAAACAUAACACGGAGCUUCUUGUUGAGAUGGUGAGACAACAGUUUAAGAGACACAUGCAUGAGACAGAUCCCGAGAAGAUUGAAAAGUUGAAGGAUGAUGCUGCACGAGGGCUUAUCAAUCACAUGCUCUAUGAGUCAGAGCAAAUGUCAGGUCGUAAAUUUAGCAAGAAUCCUCCUAAAGCUGCUUAAUUUGCUUCAUUCCACAUGAUUCAGUUUGUCCAUCAGUGCAAGGUUUGGCAGAUCAAGCAUGUAGAAGAAACAUUGCAAGGCUUUUAUGAUGGUUAUUGGUUAUGCUAAAAUGUUACCAAAAACAAUUUCAGAAAAUAGCACAAUGGCUGUUUUGCUGUUACUCUUUCAUAUCAAUAGUGCUUUAAGUUUUUUAAAACUUUCUUGGUGAAUCUUUUGACGUUUGUGCCAGUGUAGAACUAAUAAACCUUUGGAGGAAAUAACAGUGAUCCGUCUUGCUUUUUUAU